AUGUUCAACAUUGUUCUGCUUCUAUUUUACUAUUUUUUUAUCACUUUUAUUUUUUCUUUCCUUUUUUAUUCAUUUCAUCUUUGUUUUCUUCUUUCUUUCUUUCUUUCUUUCUUUUUGCUUUCUUUCUUUUUCAUUGUUUUAUGUUCAAUAUAUUCUUUCUACUUUUAUUUUUAUUUUUGUUUUCCAUUACUUUUCAUUUUUGUUUAUUCUUUCCUUUUUAUUCAUUUAAUCAUUCUUUCUUUCUUUCUUUCUUUCUUUCUUUCUUAUUUUUCCCUUUUAUUCUUUAUUUUAAUCUUUCCUUCAUUUAUUCUUUAUUUUUCUCUUUUUCUUUAUUUUCUUUUAUUUUUGUCCUGCUUUUAUUUUUUAAUUAUUAUUUUUCUAUCUCUUUCCAUUUUUCUAUUUUAUUUAUUCAAUCCUUUUCUUCUUUCAUUCAUUCAUUCCUUCAUUUUUUUCUUUGUUUUCUUUCAUGUUCCACAUUUUAUUUCUGCUUUUAUUUUUUCUUAUUAUGAUCCUAUCACUUCCCAUUUUUGUUUCUUCUUCCCUUUUUAUUCAUCCAAUUCAUCUUUUUAUUCAUUCUUUUGUCUUUCUUUUUCUUUCUCUGUGUAG